UGGUUCUUCUGUUGUGCCGUUGGCUUUGGUGAGGGGGGCUGUGGGAGGGAUCUCGCGAUUGUUGGGACUUUUCUUCGGGGGGGAGAGUUAAUCGGAAGAUGGCGCCCGUUGUUACGGGGAAGUUUGGUGAGCGCCCUCAGCCUCAGCGCUUGACAAGGGAGGCUAUGAGGAAUUACUUGAAGGAGAAAGAUGAUCAAACAGUGCUCAUACUGCAUGCAAAAGUUGCACAAAAGUCAUACGGCAAUGAAAAAAGGUUUUUCUGCCCUCCACCAUGUGUGUAUCUGAUGGGCAGUGGCUGGAAGAAGAAGUUGGAGAAUAUGGAGAAGGACGGUUGCACCGAGCAAGAGGCCCAGCCAUGUGCAUUCAUUGGCAUAGGCAACAGUGAGCAGGAGAUGCAGCAACUCAAUCUGGAGGGGAAGCACUUCUGCACAGCGAAAACACUGUAUAUCAGUGACUCAGAUAAAAGGAAACACUUCAUGCUCUCUGUGAAAAUGUUAUACGGAAACAGCGCCAACAUAGGAGUCUUCCUCAGCAAGAGGAUCAAGGUGAUCUCCAAGCCCUCCAAGAAGAAACAGUCCUUGAAAAAUGCAGAUUUGUGUAUAGCUUCAGGGACUAAGGUAGCUUUGUUUAACCGCCUGCGUUCCCAGACGGUUAGUACCAGGUAUCUUCAUGUGGAGGGAGGAAACUUUCAUGCCAGCUCCCAACAGUGGGGUGCCUUCUACAUCCACCUCUUGGAUGACGAAGAGUCUGAAGGGGAGGAGUUUGCUGUGAGGGAUGGCUACAUCCAUUAUGGUCAGACUGUCAAAUUGGUCUGCUCUGUUACUGGCAUGGCCCUGCCCAGACUGGUCAUUCGCAAAGUGGACAAGCAGACGGCAUUAAUGGAUGCAGAUGACCCAGUUUCGCAGCUCCACAAGUGCGCCUUCUACCUGAAAGAUACAGACAGGAUGUAUCUCUGUCUCUCACAGGAGAGGAUCAUCCAGUUCCAGGCCUCACCGUGCUCCAAAGAGACUAACAAAGAGAUUAUUAACGAUGGGGCUUCCUGGACUAUUAUUAGCACUGACAAGGCAGAGUACACCUUUUAUGAGGGCAUGGGCCCUGUCCCCACACCAGUCACACCUGUUCCUGUGGUGGAAAGUCUGCAGUUAAAUGGCGGAGGAGAUGUGGCGAUGUUAGAGCUGACCGGACAGAACUUCACCCCUAACCUAAGAGUGUGGUUCGGAGAUGUGGAGGCUGACACUAUGUACAGAUGUGGAGAGAGCAUCCUGUGUGUGGUGCCGGACAUUUCUGCCUUCAGGGAGGGCUGGCGCUGGGUGAGACAGCCGGUGCAGGUCCCUGUCACGCUGGUCCGCAAUGAUGGAAUUAUCUAUGCCACCGCCCUCACCUUCACGUAUACCCCUGAGCCAGGGCCACGACCUCACUGCAGUGCUGCUGGGGCCAUUCUGCGGUCACAUAGCACCUCUUCGUCAUCACCGGCGUCUUCAUCUUCGCCAUCAUCCUCGCUGGGUGGGCUCGGGGACGGCCAGGGGGCUUACAACAGUAGUGACUCAGGAAUGUCAUCAGGAGCAUCGACCAUGUCGGUGCUGUCAUAGUUAUACAUAUUUCUAAUGUGUAUGUGUGUUGUUUUGUAUGUGUGCUAUGAAUGAGUGAGAAAAUGCAUGCAUGUAUUUUCCAAAGAGGCUCAUGGACCUGUGAAGAAUUGCACAGACUUGGAAACUCUUCAUGAGAGAGCAACUGCAGAAUCAUGAGGAAUGCAAGAGAGAUUUGGGGGGAAAAAAAGACAAGUUCAAAGACAAGACUUAAGAUAACUAACUCCUCUCCUUAGCUCCCUCUUGUGGACUGUUGUGGACAUGUCAUAAGCACCACUCAGAGGACCUUGACAUCCAAGAUCUUUAUCUAAAAGAAGAUGAAUCUGCCAUCUGACUCUCACAGCAACCAGACUUGUAAAAGAACCAUUUUGUUUUUAUACACCUGCGAAUUUGAGAGCUAUGUUCACUACGCUUUCUUACUGCCAAGGUCAUGUUUUUACUGAAAAGCUUGUUGAUUUUAUCUGUUGUGAGCAAGGGAAACAUUUUGUAAGAGUAACAUAGUUUUUGCGGACCAAGGAAUAUUAUUAUAUUAUUUUAUUCAUAUUAUAUUUUAUAAGCUUUUGCUGAGGUACAUUUUGACAUUUUUUUGUAUGAUACUGCAUAGUAAGUUCACUUUUGUUACCAAAUAGAGUUUGUCAUGUUGGCUCCUGUCUGAGUUUUGUCUCAGUGGAGAGGUUAAAGUGGAAACGGCUUUUAGUAAAUCUCCAAUAGUCUGACUGCAGAUUCUCUACUUUUAUCCUCACCUCUUUUUUAAUAUCCACUGAUGUGUUUUGGAAUUAGAAACCCAAAUGCAUACUUACUAAAUUGUCAUUACAGAACUUUUAACAAUUCUACAUGCUGUAAACAAUAUAAAAGAAACAACAAGACUGUGUUUUAGACAGUGAAGUUAUGCGCCCAUCUUGCUGCAGUUAUUGGCGUAGCUGUUCAGUCUCUUACUACUCUAUCAAAAAUGAUAUUUUUGAUGAGCGUAGAGUGUGUGUGUGCGUGCGUGUUUUUGAUAAUAUAUUACACUAUCAGUGUAUUCUGGGAGACCAAGGUCUAAAUUUAGUAAUCAGUAUGCUGUUUCUGUACCAGAGUGUUUAAACUCAAAUCUGAACAUAAUCAUUUCCUCUUGUUUUUUCACAGUAGUGAUGCCUUUAAACAAAAUUCUUAAUUUGGAGGAACUUUGGGUCCUAAUCUCCUCCAUAUUUUCAGACAUAGUCGGGGAACAAAGAAGGAAUGUCAAAACGAACUGUCUUAAGUUCAAAUCGUUAGUGUGACUUUUUGCCUCUUUGAUGUCUUUCACUUGGAGGGGCCUUAAAGAGUCCGUUUGAGAUUGCGCUUACGUGUUGGAAGAAGAGCUUUAACACCGUCUCUGCCUUGUAGCUUGCAGGCCUACCCUUGCUGUUCACAUAUGAUAGCCCAGUAACAUCAUGUUGGGAUUGAGCCUUGUUGAUUCAGGUUUUGUCAAACAUGGCUGCAAAUACAGUAGAACUAAUUUUAAUACAAUGAGCUGUGCUUGUGCUUUGGGUCUUAUGUGAUGAGGUGAUGGUUUUGUACAGGAUUGAUAGUUAACUUGCCUUAAAAACCACUACCUGCAGUACCUGUCUUGCUCAAAAGUACUUACAGAGAACCCUCAUUUGCAUCAUUCUUUUUGCAUCAUGCUGUAUAUCGUGUUUCAAGAUUGACAUUUAAGUAAUAUGUGGUAAGUAAAUGCGGCAGGUUGACCUGCUUAUUAACAAUUGGAAGUUUUAAUGAUGGUGAUGUGAAUCACUUAAGUUGUUGAAUAUGUGUUUUCAGCUUACCUGAAAGUAGAUGUUGUUGUGUAGAAAAGUAUUUACAUCACAACAGUCCAGCAGCAUUGAGCACCAGUCUGAUCAGCCUUUGCGUCCACUCUCCUAUCAUUUUCUUUCCAUGCUCUCAGUAGACAGUUGUUGGAUUGAUGCAGCAUACUGCAGGUGCUUCUCUCUCUUGACUGAUAGAAAACGUUUUAUGUAAGUUCUGUAACAGCAAGUUUGUGGAUUUGUCAGUAUUACAUCAACACUGUAGUGUGAUCCCUGCCUGGCUCUGCAGAAGUCUGUGGAGGUCUGUGAUAUUCUUUAUGAUUUGCACAUAUUAUUGACAAAUUAUUGAAUUUUUGGUCACUGUGAUGUGGACCUUCAAUCUUACCUUGUUGGUUUCUUCUUCGUAUCUGUAUUCUCAUCCAUGCCUUGCUUUGAUGUCUUGUACUACUUAAUGUCAACAAGGCCAUGUGUGAGGCAGUGUAGUGCUGUCAUAAGGUCAGCUAUGAGCUAGCAUGCUAACAAAACCUCAUCAUGUAAUUAGACUGGUGGCUUUAUGAGCAUUUUUCUUUCUUGUGUUUGGAGAGUUAAAUGUCUUUGCUCUCAUAUCCUGCCUUUUGUUUUCCACUGCUCUAUCCCUAUAUGAAACCUACAUCUUUCAGUCUUGUUUAAAACUCUGUCAUACAGCACGUAAAUCAAUCUGCCAGCAAAAGGUCAAGAAUAAAAAUGAGCUGAAGCU